AUGAGUGACAACGCCACCGAAGAAAUGCGCAUCGACCCCGCCAGAGCUCAAGCUCUCAUCUCCCAACUCAGCUCCGUCAAGGACCGCAUCGCAGCAGCCGCUCAAGGCCGAAAUGUCCGCCUCGUCGCCGUGUCCAAGCUAAAGCCAGCAAACGACAUCCUCGCCCUCCACCAAGCACCCGCCGCCCACGCCCACUUUGGCGAAAACUACGCCCAGGAACUCUCUCAAAAGGCCGACCUGCUGCCCCGAACCAUCCACUGGCACUUCAUCGGUGGCCUCCAGUCCGGCCACUGCAAGAACCUCGCUAAGAUCCCAAACCUCUUCUGCGUCUCCAGCGUCGACUCCCUGAAAAAGGCCCAGCUGCUCAACUCGGCGCGGACGUCCAUCCCGGACCUGCCAAAGCUCAACAUCCACGUCCAAGUCAAUACCUCUGGCGAAGAGGCCAAGUCCGGCUGCAGCCCCGGCGCGGAUACCGUCUCUCUGUGUCGUGAGAUUGCGCAGAACUUGCCUGGCCUGAAUCUCCUUGGCCUCAUGACCAUUGGUGCCAUUGCUCGUAGCAAGGCCACCACUGCGGAAAACGAGAAUGAAGACUUUGAGGCGCUGAGAGAGCAGAGGGAUUUGGUGGCCAAGGAGCUUGGACUGAGUCCUGAGAGUCUGGAGCUGAGCAUGGGGAUGAGCGAGGAUUUCGAAGGCGCUAUUGCGCAGGGAAGCAGUGAAGUGAGGGUUGGCAGCACAAUCUUUGGACAGAGACCGGCCAAGUCGGAUGCCAAGAUAAAGGAGUAG